CGACAAGUUGGCAGCAACAACACGGCCCUUGGUCGUCGUCGCCGCUGCGGUAGCGGAGCGGCUCGGGUGGCGAAGCCCGCGUUCGCAUCUGCCUGCUGUCCUCGAGAGGCCCUUCCCGCCCGCCCCUCGGCUCCGCGGCCGUCCAGGGGGCGGGAGCGGGUGAGGGGAACCGAGCGCCCCGCAAGAGAAGCUUCCCCCCUCCCCCGCCGCGGGGCCGCCCGGGAGCUAGAGGCGGCCCGGCCCGCGCGGAGCGGCGCCGAGGGGCUGCCUGGCCCGGACGCCUUGGUGCGGGGACCGAGGAGCGCCCGGGGUUGCCGAGGGAAGCGACGGGGGCGCGGAGCAACCGCGGACGAGCAGCGGCGGGAGAACGACUCCCUUCGCCAGCGCCCGAGCCCAGAUUAUCCUGAACACCAGAUGUCUAACAGUUUUUCUUGCAACAUUAGCUGUUUUUCACUGUCUCUAGAAGAUCAGAAGUGCUCCAGAAAUUGGAGGCUUAUUUGAUUUAAAAGAAAAAACUUGAACUAAUGGACAAUAUGUCUAUUACGAAUACACCAACAAGCAAUGAUGCCUGUUUGAGCAUUGUACACAGCUUGAUGUGCCAUAGACAAGGUGGAGAAAGUGAAACAUUUGCGAAAAGAGCAAUCGAAAGUUUGGUAAAGAAGCUGAAGGAGAAGAAAGAUGAAUUGGAUUCAUUAAUAACAGCUAUAACUACAAAUGGAGCUCAUCCUAGUAAAUGUGUUACCAUACAGAGAACAUUGGAUGGAAGGCUUCAGGUGGCUGGUCGGAAAGGAUUUCCUCAUGUGAUCUAUGCUCGCCUGUGGAGGUGGCCUGAUCUUCACAAAAAUGAACUAAAGCAUGUUAAAUAUUGUCAGUAUGCAUUUGACUUAAAAUGUGACAGUGUCUGUGUGAAUCCAUAUCACUAUGAACGAGUUGUUUCACCUGGAAUUGAUCUCUCAGGAUUAACACUGCAGAGUAAUGCUCCACCAAGUAUGUUGGUAAAAGAUGAAUAUGUUCAUGACUUUGAGGGACAGCCAUCAUUGCCCACUGAAGGACAUUCAAUUCAAACCAUCCAGCAUCCACCAAGCAAUCGUGGGUCGACGGAGACAUACAGCACCCCAGCUCUGUUAGCCCCAUCUGAGUCCAACGCUACCAGCACCACCAACUUUCCCAACAUUCCUGUGGCUUCCGCAAGUCAGUCUGCCAGUAUUUUGACAAGCAACCAUAGUGAAGGACUGUUGCAGCAGAUAGCUUCAGGGCCUCAGCCAGGACAGCAGCAGAAUGGAUUUACUGGUCAGCCAGCUACUUACCAUCAUAACAGCACUACCACCUGGACUGGAAGUAGGACUGCACCAUACACACCUAAUUUGCCUCACCAUCAAAACGGCCAUCUCCAGCACCACCCGCCUAUGCCGCCCCAUCCCGGACAUUACUGGCCAGUUCACAAUGAGCUUGCAUUCCAGCCUCCCAUUUCCAAUCAUCCUGCUCCUGAGUAUUGGUGUUCCAUUGCUUACUUUGAAAUGGAUGUUCAGGUAGGAGAGACGUUUAAGGUUCCUUCCAGCUGCCCUAUUGUAACUGUUGAUGGAUACGUGGAUCCUUCUGGAGGAGAUCGCUUUUGCUUGGGUCAACUCUCCAAUGUCCACAGGACAGAAGCCAUUGAGAGAGCAAGGUUGCAUAUAGGCAAAGGUGUGCAGUUGGAAUGUAAAGGUGAAGGUGACGUUUGGGUCAGGUGCCUUAGCGACCAUGCAGUCUUUGUACAGAGUUAUUACUUAGACAGAGAAGCUGGGCGUGCACCUGGAGAUGCUGUUCAUAAGAUCUAUCCAAGUGCAUAUAUAAAGGUCUUUGACUUGCGUCAGUGUCACCGACAGAUGCAGCAGCAGGCAGCUACUGCACAAGCUGCAGCAGCCGCCCAGGCAGCAGCCGUGGCAGGAAACAUCCCUGGUCCUGGAUCAGUAGGUGGAAUAGCUCCAGCUAUCAAGUUAAACUCCUGACUAUAGACUUUUAUGAUGGAAACACGUGGCACCCAUCUUCCACGUCUGAAGGCAUAACUAGUGAUUCAUUCAACCCCUGUUCUUAACCUCUUCAGUGUGGUAAGCAAAUCACACUGGCUAAGAAAACUGCAGUGGUCCUGCAGGUUUCUCUACAGUUACAUGCAAAUUCCUCCCAUUAGUUUCAUAGUAAUACUGAUAAAUGCAGAUUGACUAUAUGACUAUAUGUUCUGAUUGGAAAAUUAUAGAAGCAUCUCCAUUGUGACUUAUGUUCAGGAGUUUACAAUUUAGACAUAGCUAAGACAUGUUCAUUAGAGAGUAGAUUUUUUUUAAAAAAUUGGGGCAUCUAUAACAUUUGCUAAUUUUGAUGUUACAAACAUGUUUUCUCCAAAGAAUUCAGAAUUAGUAUAGGUUUCUUAUUGCCAUCUACUGCCUCCAUUAUGUAUUAGCUUUGUUAUAUGGCAAAAUUGAGAGACAGCCAUCGGCUGGGAUCUGAGUGGUCUUAGUGGAGCCAGGCAUAUGCACUGUCUGGUUAGUAGUCAUGUCUUACCCUCUAUUAGGCUGUUUAGACAGACAGUAAGGUUCUUAGAACCACCCUGUGGCUGUGCCCUACCUCUUACCAACAAGUUGUUUCUUGUCCCUUUGUGUCCUCUUAUAAAGAGGAAAAUAGGUGGAGAUUUGGUGGCUUGUGGUGAUUUACUUUAUUAUUGGUGGUAGCUAGAAGAUACAUGUGGAAUGUAAACUGCUUUAACCAAAAGUUUUCAGUCCCUGUCGAUGAAGUUUAGAUCUACAGUCACUUCUUGGCAUUUUGACAGAGAAGUUGUAUGCUGAGGAAAAUAAAGAAAACAAUGUAGGGAGGUUAUGGGAAG